ACUCCUUCCUCCUCCUCCUUCUCCUCCUCCUCCUCCUCCUCCCGUGGCUUUCUGCCUGCUGAUGCUUACUGGAGGUGAAGCUGUUUCUCUUGCUUUCAUCCCGCGCAGGUGAUCAGUUGGUUACCAGACAAACCCUGAGUGAGACGGAGCGAUUCAGUCCCAGAAGAGUGGACGGGAACGCGGAGAGGGAAGCUGCAACUUCUCGGGAUUGUGUCCGCCGCUCGGAACUCAGAUUCUAUCGGCACCGGAGCGCCGUCUUCAUUUCAUCCAGACAUGGAUUUUCUGGACCUGCGGUUCUUCAACAACUCCUUUUUCAACGAUAAUUUCACCGAUGACUUCAACAAGACAGAGACAGACGCCCUGCUGCCAGCGGGCUUCAGGGUCACCAUCGUGGUGGUCUACAUGAUUGUCUGCGUCUUCGGCCUGGUGGGGAAUUUCCUGGUCAUGUACGUCAUCAUCAGAUACACAAAGAUGAAAACAGCCACUAACAUCUACAUCUUUAACUUGGCCCUGGCCGACUCCCUGGCUCUGGCCACUCUGCCUUUCCAGGGCACCGAUGUUUUCCUGGGCUUUUGGCCUUUUGGAAACGCUCUCUGUAAGACUGUGGUGUCUUUCGACUACUACAACAUGUUCAUCAGCACCUUCACUCUGACGGUGAUGAGUAUGGACAGGUACGUGGCUGUCUGCCACCCCGUCAAGGCGCUGGACAUGAGGACGCCCCACAAGGCCAAGGUGGUGAAUGUCUGCGUGUGGGUGUUGGCCUCUGCUGUUGGUGUCCCAGUAAUGGUGAUGGGAAAUGUGGAGGUGGUGGGAGAGGACAACAGUACCGAGUGCAUUCUGGUUUUCAAUGAACCAAAGGAUCAGUGGGAACCUAUUUUUGGCACCUGCGUCUUCCUCUUCUCCUUCCUCAUCCCCAUGGCCAUCAUCAGCAUCUGCUACAGUCUGAUGGUAAAACGCCUAAGAAAUGUUCGCAUCCUGUCCGGCUCAAAGGAAAAGGAUCGCAACCUGCGGCGCAUCACCAGGAUGGUCCUGGUGGUGGUGGCGGCGUUUGUCGUCUGCUGGACGCCCAUCCACAUCCUGGUCCUGGCUCAGUCUCUGGGCUUCAUUCUGAGGAGCAUGUACGCCGUGGUCAUGUUUCAUUUCUGCAUCGCUCUGGGCUACAUCAACAGUGGUCUGAAUCCCGUGCUCUACGCUUUUCUGGACGAAAACUUCAAGCGCUGCUUCCGUGAGUUCUGUCAGCCGUCUCCGUUCCGCCUCGACACCCAGCAGUCAGGCAGAAUGAGGAGCAUCGCCAGGGAGGUGGCAGCGGCCUACAGCUACAAGGGCGGGGACGGCGGGGGGCCCGGCGCGGGGACGGCGAAUCCAGCAUGACUAGGCGUGGAGCUUCCUUUGGUGGGGGUCGUCCCCACGCAGAGGGGAGAGACUCAUGGGACAGGGAACUCCAGCACAGAGCUAACUCAGAUCACGGCGCUCUAGCGGCACGAGCCCUCCCGCCCCCCAACGCGCAGACUGGCAUGGGGCGGGGGGGAGGGGGACGAGGACGAUGGGUUUGAAAGGAAAAGAAUUUAGGAAAGAUGUUACAAACACGACAUUAAAGGCUCAGAGAGCCUAGAAAUACCAACAGCUGCUGGAUGUUGUUGGUUUGAGGUGCUUAACAAGGACAGAGCUCAGCUGUUCCCCAAACUGAGCAAAGUGACACCUGGUGGUGCAUUUUAAACAAACCUUAAGACGUUCUGCUUAAGGAGUCAACUUUGAUCACACAACCAGUGUAAGUAUCUUAAGGUUUGGGUUUUUAGCUCAAACCUUCAUGGGAUCACACUAAAGGAGUCUGCUGCUCCUCCACACAACUGCCAAACCUUCUGGUUAUAAACUCACAUUUUGAGAAAGCAUUUCAACAGCAGCAUUGGUAGCAGCUACGGACACCAAAUCUGUGAAACUAUCCAAGCACUGCCUUGGUUAUAGAGGGGAGUAAAACAGCAGUGGUUGAUCGGCUCUCCAGAGGCUUGGACCUCAAAGUGAAGGCUGCUAAAGAAAACUGGUCAAAAUGUGAAACAGAGUAUUCAUCACUACUGUGUGCUGCAGCCUUCCAAGUUCAUGUUUGGUCUGAAGUAUUUCCAUCGUUACUGUUGGAUGAAAGGCCUGCAGUGCUCUGCUGUCGUCAGCAGAAGGUUGUUGCUGUUAAGGUCUUACUAAGAGAUGUUUACGUUUUGUUGGGGCGUUCGGAGAUCUUAUCACACAGAUUAAAUAGAUAAAUUAAUGUGUUUUCCAAUUAAUUGGAUUCAUAUUAGAAAACAGUGAGGCAACUUAUUCUUGAACUGUUAGGUCACAUGAUUGCCAUUAGUCUUGUAAACCAAAUCUUUCAAGGUAUUCAGAAAGAACAAAAUCCUUAGGAAUGUUGUUGUUUACCAAGUUUGAGAGUUUCUUUCUUUUUAUGACACAGCAGUGAAUAUAAAAUGCUUUGGGUGAAGGUUGGGUGUUGAUCUUACUGUGGACCUGCAUAGCUUUUAGAAAACUGCAGUUCGAAGGUUCACCUUGUGCUACAAGAAUUGAUUUGGAACUGAUCCAUUGAAGUGGACAAAAUUUAGAGAAACAGCAACAAUCUGAAAAGUUUGAUUUGCUAACAAACCCAAAACCGUCCAACCAGUUGAUCCCCAAAUGACCCUGGAAACAUUUCAGCCACAACGAUAAAGCUAAAUAUGAGAUAUGCCCUACAACUGUAAUUUGGAAAAAAAAUUAACCAUAUAAUCUUUUGUUUUUUCAAUGUUAAAGACAUAAAUUUUGAUAUCUAAGAUUGCAAAUAUUGGCUGCUGUACUUCACUCCAUGGAGACUGAAGCGGUCACUGGUCACCCUGAGGCAGAAAAACAUCAACCAAACGCAAAGACUGAGACUGAACUACAGGUUUGGGGUUGGACCAAGGUUAUAAAUAGUUUCUAUAUUCAUGUUAUUAUCCUCUAUGAAUCUGAAUAACUGACUGUUUGAGAUGAUUUUGCUGGGUCAACUCUGAAUGGACUCAGAUUAUUACAGUGACACAGGCAUGCGCUUUGCAAAUUAGAGCUGCAAUUGUGCAACAAACAAAUUAUAUUGUAUUCUGUUACCUGGAUUAAAAACAUGAUAUCUUUGUGGCAGAUUUUAUUUGACAAACCUGUUUUGUAAAUUAGAUGUAAUAUUGGAUUCAGAAACAUGAUUAUUUAUCUGGAAUUGGCAUAAAAUAGGAAUAAUCAGAAUCUGCAAGCCAAAACUUUUAAGAAGGUUGUUUAAAUUAGUUUUUAAGAAAACAGCAAUUUACAGCAUAAGGAUUUUUUUUUUCAUUAUGUUUUAUCUUCAACUUUAUGACUAGACAAGAGAAAAGGUUUAAAUUUCACUUCCAGCACAUCAAAACAAAGUGACACAACGAGGAUGCUGGAAACUCUUGGAUAAAGGAAUGUGUGGGAAUACAAAGGCUCAGGAAAUCCUGUUAAUACGCCACCAGCAGGUCCAGAUCUGGUCCAGAUUGACUCUGCGGCUGACGUGAGGCCGAGGCGUUUAGACACACGAGGCCCACACAUGACACAGAAAACACUAUCACAGAUGUGAUGAAACUAAUCAGUUCUGAUGACCUGAGUUGCUUUAUUUUAUUUUAUUUCUUAUUUUUUUGGGAGUGUAAAGCUGCUCAGGUCUGGGGUCGGGUUCUCAGAGUGUUUAAUGUGAACCCCAAUGACCCCAGGCAUCAUGAAGGGGUCGCAGGGUUCUGACCCCAUAUCAAGGGACAAAGGGGCUCUCUCUCUUUAUCUAUCUCUCUCUAUCUUCUUGGUGUAAUAAAGUGGAAAUCAGCCCUGAAACAUUGAUUUUAGAAGAUAAUCUCAUAAUUUUUGAUAGUUGCAGAAUGUUGAGACUGGAUGUUAUUUUCUUAGCUUUAUUUUUGGGAACCUGUGACAUCACACAUCUAUGACAACAGGGAAGAGACACAGCAGACCCUGGACAGACCAGAAGCUGCAUUUCCAUUAAUCAUGAAAUUAUACAAAUUGAAGUUGUAAAAAUAAAUUUGCUUUUUACAUGGAAACACAACAAUUAAGUAAAAACUCAUGUUUUUUGAUUAAAAAAAAAAAACUUUUGGAUGACAACAGAUUUAUUUUGCAAAACAUCACAUGAGCCACUUGAUCAAAGUUGUGUGUCAUUCGAACGUGUUGAAUCCAUAGAUUUGUAAAAUCAAUGACAAUUUUCACAAAAUGCUGCAUAUGUAGCCACCAGGAAGUAAUUUGUCACUCCAUUUCCUGAGUAAGAUGCAGACAUCUCCUCUGAUUGGCUGAUAGAUGAUGAGCGCCAGCACCAUGACUGAAUUAUGAAAAUAUUUACUGUUAUAUCUGUCACCACCACAAGCUUAUUCACUUUUGAUCUUAAUCUUAUUUAAUAGAAACACAGUGAUUGUGAAUUUGUGUUUUUUCGACAUAAUAGACAAAAAUCUGCGCUCAUCUGUGAUGGAAAUGCAGCUACUAUUGCAGGGAAUCAAAAACAAAACAACCAUGCAUUCCAGACCAUAAGUAAGAGUUGAAUGCUUACAUGCAUCUUCAUUUGGGAAUGAUCUGCUGUUUGCAUGGAAAAGCCACACAGAGAACAUGCAGGCUCUGCACAGAAAAGGCCAUUCUGAGACUGGAACUAGCAACUCGCUUGCUAAAGGCCGGAGCCACCAUGCUGUCUGAAUUAAAAGCUUGAUGUGAACAUUGCUUUCGUUCCUGUGUUGCCUUUCCUCUUUUAAAAGAAAUUUAGUUUAACUUUCCAACAGAGUUUUAAGAGAUACAUUCUUUAUUUGUGAGAAACUGGAUCUGUAUUUGUAGUUUUGUUAACUUUUUUUGACAUUUCUAACAAAUUUGUGUCCCUUUGCUUACGUGGCUCUGUGUUGGAGGAUUUACCCAAGCAGAUGGAUGAAGACUGUUUCCUAAUUUUCAUCCUUUCUUUUAUUGCAGUUUUACUGAAGUAGUCAAUGGUGGCUGUGGACUGUCUGAGCUUUAACAUGCUACAUGUGCUUUGUGCGUCUAAGGGCUGGUAUCCCCUUUAAAAUCUUUGUCACUUCAUAUAAUUUCUGUAAGAGUGAAUUUCUACAAGAUGUCUUCUUUUCUUUCAUGUUCCUUGACUGGCCUGUUUCCAUUAGAAUCAGAAGUCUGCAAGCUGAGAAAUUUUCCUGUUGCACACAGUGAAAUUAUGGUUUGCGAGUAAUUCAGCUGUUUGUUAAAAAAAAAUUUCUGCUCUUGGCUGCAGACGAUUCCCUUUUAUUUGAUUCCAUAAACGUACAUUGCCUUAAAUAUCAAGUGAGGUCUGUUAUUGAAGCUUGCUCUUUGGCUGGAUACACUUUGUUCUAGUAUUUUAUGGUGCUUUGCAGCUACUUUAUAGCGGUCCUGAUCCGUAUUCAGAAACCCUCAGAGAAUAGCAGCAGACUGGCCCAGAAAGGAAGACUUCAGCUUUGCUAAAAUCGAAUCUAAAGCACGUCUCAAUUUUAGCAACAAAAAAGUUAUACAGGAAAACUGCAGAGUCGCCCAGUCAUUGCCCUUUGUGGGUCACAGACAGUAAAAUCAGUUGAAUGAUCAUUUAAGUUAUUAAUGUGAAGAUCAAUGAAAAUAGAUUUUUACAUAACGUUAAGCAUGUUCUAUGGCACCCGACAUUUACAUUUGUAAAACAUUUUCUUGUUCUGCCUCCAGUUUUAUUCUACUUAACUUUGAUUGUUUACAGUGAAUAUUUUAGAUGCAGAAAGCUUUUGUUUUGGAAAUCAUAUUUGCUUUUAAAUCAUCAGGCCUGAAGAAACACUUCAGACUUUUCCUCUGAAUUGGGGUUCUACAAAGAGGUGAGGAGCAGGCAACAUCUUACCCACAGUAGAUUACUCUGUUAAAUACACUGCAAGUAAAAUGUAUGAAUAAAAAGGACCAUUAGCUGUAAAACAUUAAAAUACAACAAAAUAAAAACAAAAUACAGACUGAAAAAUGCAUAACAAGGAAAUGUGAAUGUGAGUUUUCUUGCUAACCGUUGGUCAGCGUGCGGUCAAGAUAAAAAUUAGGAUGAACUGUAAUCUACAAAAACAUUUUUUAGAUUACAAAAAAAUACUGUACAAAAAUGUUCUUAGAUAAUAACUAAAUUUUUUAUUUAAAUUAAAAUUGUAUAUCAAAAUAAUUUUUAGUCUUCUCAAAGUGUGAAAUAUUUAUUGGCAAUAUAUCAACAAUUUCUGAUCAGCUUCUUCCAUAUUUCCAUUGAUAUUUUUUAUUGAUGGGUUUAUUGACACCUAAACUUUUCAGUAAAAAAUAAUUGUUUUAUAGCUGCUGGCUAAUGGAUUACUGGUAAAAAAAUCACUAAAGUGUAUUUAGAAGUGUUAAAAGAGCUUCUACUAUUGUAGAUUGUUUUCCUGCCUAUAAAAUUGUUCAAGUCUGCUUACAUUUGACUCAAAGUUACAAAAGCUGGAGCAUCCAUCCUGAUAAAGUCUGUCUGUUAUGAGAGUUUUAUGAAUAAAGGUCUCCUUUUUUUACAACCUAGACGAUUUUUUAGGAAAACUAGUCGGAGUAUCAAGAGUCCCUCUUUAUGAAGACGUGUCCCAUCGCCGCUGUGAGGCUCUUUGUGCUUAACUGUAACUGUUAAAACUAAAGAAGCAGCGAUAUUUUCUAAAAUCGUUUGGUGUGACUUCUUUGUAGCAGGUCAGUCUGAGUCGGUGGAAAUCCUGGUUUCCUGGGGAAGUCAGCAUCACUUUUCUGCCUCGUGACUGUAUAGACAUUUGAAAAGAACAUUCUCAAUGUAAAAGAUCCAUGACCUCAUCAUCCAUAUGAUAUACAUGAUAUUUCGCUUGUUGUUCUCGAUGUAAAACUGUCAGCUAUCUAUUCUACAUUGUUAGCUCUUUGCGUCAGGAAGCAGGGAGCUCGCUUUCAUUUGUUUACAUCCAACAGACCACAUGAAUGUCAAAUGAAAUCUUGUUUAAAAUCUAUUUCUAAAAAAAUUUUGGUGUUAUUAUAAUAAUGAGUACCAAAAAAGAGUAUUUCCUAAGUGUUUCUGUUGUGUUCUUUCUUAUGCUCAGAAAGCGUCUGGUAUCUGUCAGUGUGUUUCUUGUGGACUGCAUUCUGCUCAGUGCCUGAGUCGUGAAUUCCCAAAGAUUGGAGAAAAUGCCUCACAAACGUUUUCACACUGCCUGAACUUUUACGGAUUUUGUUACGUUACAGUCACAAAUGAAUUUCUAAUGUUUGGACAAAUAAAAAUCAAGGCCAAAAUUGCAGAUUAAAACUUUUGUAAUCCAGGCUGAACGUUAACAUUCUGUUAUUUGCUGCAUCUGAAUAUGUGCAGAAUAAAUCGGUCACAGCUUCUAUUUAUUCUGAAUCUCAUGACUCCGGCACUGAGCUACAUAAAUUUACUCGUUGCUGUUUUCUGCAUCCAGUAGAAUGAACAACUGUGCUAGCUGGCUUGUUAAACACGCAGUAAGAGUUUUUGCUGAAGCUUGAAAUUAAAUUGUAUAUUUUUCUUCGCUUAUGAAAUGAAUAAAUAGGUAAACAAAGACAAUAAAUUGGUGCUUUACCAUUUUCUGGGAUCCAUUGACAACAGCAGUAAUUAACCUUUCAUGUUUUCUUUCCAUUAUUAUUCUCCUUGAUGGGUGAAAAAGAUUUU